UUCUACAACCAAUCUCAGUCUCUCUUCGAGUGUUGGCUUCUGUUAGUUGCUUGGUGUUUUACUUGCUUCAAGUUUGAACCCACAUAGAAUACACGCAAAGAACAAUGGGAAAAGGCUGGACUUUCCUUACUCAACUUCACUCUCUUGCUGGGCCUGUGUUGCAGCUGCUCUACCCCUUAUAUGCAUCGGUGAUGGCCAUAGAGAGCACAUCAAAACUAGAUGAUGAGCAGUGGCUUGCUUAUUGGAUUAUUUACUCUUUUCUCACUCUCCUGGAGAUGGUUAUCCAACCCGCCUUAGAAUGGUUACCAAUUUGGUAUGAGGUGAAGCUUGUGUUCGUGGCAUGGUUGGUUCUACCACAAUUCAAAGGAGCAGCUUUCUUGUAUGAGAGAUAUGUGAGGGAGCAAAUCCUCAGGUAUCAAGGCAAGGACCAUCAUGAUUCAUCCAGCAAGUCACCAACUGGCAAAGGCAAGAACAAGUUUGUGCAGUUCAUGACCCCCAAGAAUGGAGAGCAGGAAGCUUAUUAAAGAAAGCAGAGGAGGACAUCCACUUCUUCGGUCUCUGCUCUCGUGUUCUACUUUCGGUCUUUGCUUUGACUUCUUUCUACGGGUUAAAGUCAAUCAUGUAUGAUUUAAUUUCCAAGACUUCCGAGGCCUUUGUGACCACUUCAUAUUACUGUAAGAUGAGCUAUAUCUAUCAGUAAUCAAGUGUGUGUUGGAACUCUUUUAUUAGUUUGGGAUGCCUACUUCACUGAUGAUAA